AUGGCGUGCUAUAGAUAUGACCGAUACUGUGCGUAUAGUUACUCCCAAAAUUAAGCAUACGGCUCUUUUUUGUUAAUAUUCGCAAUGUUUUACAUAAAUUAUAAAACAGCAUACCUGAAUUCUUUUUAGAAAUUUGUAUAAAAAAUUUCACGAUUUUGCUGAAACUUUGCAUAUUUUUCCUUAUUUUUGUACACAGUAUCAUUCUUGGAUUCAAAUGGAAUUUGCUAAAACAGAAGCCAUGUUUUAAAACAAAAUUAACAAAAAAUAUGAACAUGUAUAACAUUGCGAAUAUUAACAAAAAAAGCCGUACGCUGAAUUUGUGGAGUAACAGUAUAUGUACAUAAAUUCUGAAAUUAUUAAAUUUGCUAAUCAACUUUUAAACUCAUUUACAGUACUCUCCCUUGUAUCUGCUAUUAUCGCAUCUUCUGCAAGCAGUAAGAAGCAAGCUCCGGCUUGUAGCCGAGCUUGUGGUGAGAAAUAUGAACCCAUUUGCGCCAAAGCAAAAAAGGGCAACAAACUUCUUACGUUCGGUAACGACUGUGUAUUGGGACGCUUCAAUUGCGAACACCCGGACGGACAAUAUGACUUCGAAUCAAAAGGAGAAUGUGGUGGUAAUGUUAGCGUACGCCUAUCAUAAAUACAAUUCCUUUAUACAUAUGAUGUAAUAAAAAUGUGCAACUAAUAUCGAUGAAUAGAAUUUAUAUUUUAAAAGUCCUUUUGUGUAGCACUUAAUUUCUAUACAAAGUUUCAUGUUCCAUAGCAUAUGUACAUUCCUACAUAGACAUCUGAUACACCAUAUCCUUAAAUUUUCUCCAGCAUCUUGU